ACGAACACAAUACAAAAAUCACCGUCUUAACAGAAGGGUGAAAACGACAUUUUACGUAAUCAUAACGGCAGUCGAAUAUCGUUGUCCUUGUACAAACAACCGUCACCUUUCGUAAAAUUCGAACUUCAUCGAUAAAUAAACAUUUCUUAUCGGCACGCACACUUCUUGCCACUUUUAUUUCCGCUCGACUGGUGCAAGGACUACUUCAAAGUAUUAUCACGCGCACGCAUACAAAAUGGCCAGGAGAAAACACCUUAUAAUUUUAUUAUCGUUAUCCUGUGUAAUAACUGCUAAUGCUUUAUUCCUACCGGAAGCCCGCCAGUAUGGCUCAUCGUACGGUUCAGCACCAGUCCCCUCGCCUCCUGCCACCAUGGCACCACCAGCUGUCACACCAGCGCCAAAUGUACCGUCUCCAAGUUAUGGAAGUUCACCAAUGUCACCGCCUUCCAGCUACGGAAGCAACCCAUCACCACAACCUCCGUCACCGUCUCCACCAUCCAGUUAUGGUAGUUCUCCUCCAGCGAUGACUCCCCCCGCAAUGACUCCUCCAGCGAUGACUCCUCCAGCGAUGACCCCGCCGGCCAGUUCUCCGCCAGCAAUGACUCCACCGGCCAGCUACGGUGGAUCCAGCUAUUCCGCACCAUCGCCACAACCUCCAUCACCGUCUCCACCAUCCAGUUAUGGCAGCUCUCCUCCAGCGAUGACUCCCCCCGCAAUGACUCCUCCAGCAAUGACUCCUCCAGCAAUGACUCCGCCAGCAAUGACUCCACCGGCCAGCUACGGUGGAUCCAGCUAUUCCGCACCAUCGCCACAGCCGACCACGAGAGCGCCCACAGCGGUGACGAUGGCGCCUAACCAACCAUCGGGUUACGGAAGCUCUCCGAUGUCGCCACCAUCCUCUAGCUAUGGAAGCAAUCCUGCGCCUCAGCCACCGGCACCGUCUCCACCCAGCCCAAGCCCGCCAUCAUCGGGCUACGGCAGUUCUCCGCCAGCCAUGACACCACCAGCCAUGACGCCACCAGCCAUGACGCCACCUGCCAUGACCCCGCCUGCCAGUAGCUACGGUUCCCCUUCACCACCCGCCACGAUGGCACCUACUCCGGUCCCCAUGACGCCCAGUCCGUCUUCGUCGUACGGUAGCAAUCCGAGCCCGCCCUCGAGCUACGGAAGCAAUCCGGCACCGCAACCACCGGCACCGACUCCACCUAGCCCCAGUCCACCAACAUCGAGCUAUGGAAGCUCUCCUCCAGCCAUGACUCCGCCUGCCGGCACUCCUCCAGCGAUGACUCCACCGGCGGCUUACGGUGGUUCUUAUUCACCAUCCCCCAAUCCCGCUCCGCAGCCUCCGGCGCCGGCUCCGCCGAGCCCCAGCCCGCCGUCAUCGGGUUAUGGAAGUGUUCCGUCACCCAUGACGCCACCGGCCAGCUACGGUUCCCCGUCGCCGCCCGCCACAAUGGCACCCAGUCCGCCUUCGUCGUAUGGCAGCAAUCCAAGUCCACCAUCAAGUUACGGCAGUAACCCCGCGCCGCAGCCUAGCGCUCCCACUCCAUCAUCGUCGUAUGGUAGCGCGCCCUCGCCGAUGACGCCACCGGCUAGUUACGGUGGUUCCAGUUACUCGGCACCCUCACCUCCAGCGACUAUGACACCCAGCCCGUCGAGCCCGGUACCAAUGGCUCCGUCGUCGUACGGCAGCAAUCCCAGCCCGCCAUCGUCUUACGGAAGCAAUCCCAGCCCGCCGUCAUCCGGGUACGGGUCAUCGCCGGCUUCCCCGCCCAGCAUGACACCGUCCAGUCCAUCUGGAUACGGCGCAUCCCCGAUGCAGUCCAGUUACGGCUCGCCUUCCAGCCCGACUCCCAGCGCUCCCAGUCCAGCUUCUGCAUACUAUGGAAGCGUAUACGGCCCUGUAACAGGCACAACGAUGGUAGCGACAACAACCACGAUGAUGCCGGUAGUCACAACGACCACAAUGGCGGCUACGACAACCACUGCUGCAGCCACCACCACGACUGCUGCUGCGACUACGACUACUAUGGCCGCCACCACUACUACCGCGGCAGCGACCACGACGACCGCUGCAGCAACCACCACAACGAUGCGACCAAUGACCACCAUGGGAUACGGCGGAUCGUACGGUAGUUCACCCGGCAGCUCUUACUCGUACGGCGGUUCGCCUUCGUCCUACGGCUCUUCUGGCUCCGGUUCAUCUGGAACUGGUUCAUCUGGAUCUUCUUCAGGAAGCUCUAGUAGCAGCGUUGUGCUCAUCCCACUCUCGUCCUUCACGUGGUUAUCCAAUCCGUUCACCGGCGUACCGACACUCGUGUAAUAGUACCGACAUUUCGCGAAUGUUGACCAAUGACCGCUUGUAUACAACUGUAUUUUUGCUGUAAAUAUAUGCAUGUCCGUUUCAUUUA